GGGUUUCCUGUGUUGUUGCUGAGCUAUAGAGUUUUCGUCUAGGCUUGCAAAGUGUGUCGGCAGUGUCAUCUUUUCCGUCUGAUUUGAUGUCUUAAUCAGUUGCUCUAUUCCACUACAUGCUCUAGACUACAUUUGGAAGUAGCUAGCCAGCCAGUCUCAAAAAAAUGUCCGAAGCUACGGUAGCCGACACUCGUCGGUUAAACGCAAAACCUCAGGACCUCACGGAUGCAUACGGUCCCCCCAGUAAUUUUCUUGAAAUAGACGUGUACGACCCUCAGACUGUUGGAGUCGGGCGAAACCGCUUUACUACAUACGAAGUGCGAAUGAAGACAAACCUCCCCAUUUUCAAGCUAAAGGAGUCGUGUGUACGUAGAAGGUACAGUGACUUCGAGUGGCUGAAAAAUGAACUCGAGAGAGACAGUAAGAUUGUUGUACCCCCUUUGCCUGGGAAGGCUCUGAAGAGGCAGCUACCCUUCCGUGGAGAUGAAGGGAUAUUUGAGGAAUCCUUCAUCGAGGAGAGACGAGUUGGGCUUGAACAAUUUAUUAACAGAAUCGCCGGUCAUCCACUGGCCCAGAACGAACGCUGCCUUCACAUGUUCCUACAGGAGGAAACCAUUGACCGAAACUACAUUCCUGGAAAAGUAUGAUUGAAUGAUCUCCGCUGUCGACCGCGCCGCCCGUCCCCAGGCCAGGACACAUCGCUUUUAUUACUCCAUUCCGGUAAAAUCACAGAAAAAAAAGCAAAAAAAAAAAAAAAAAAACAGCCCUUCAUCACUGAACUGGACCAGCCUCUCUGCCUGUCUGUCUCUCUUUCUCUCUCUCUCUCUUACACACACACACACACUUAUCCUAUAUAUAUAUAUGUGUGUAUUCAGGUUGUGCCAUCUCACCUCAGGUCCUCUCAGUGCUUGAGAGGAGAAUGAAAGUGAGAAAGUAGUUUUGUAUUGUUCAUGUUCCAGUUGAUCCAGUUUGGCCCUUCAUUUGAAUGAUGAUGUGUCCUAAGCACCGCCCAACGUGGUACAUCACAAUGAGUCCUAAACUGACACCCCUCAGCAUACCAAACAUGUCCAGAUUCGCCCCGAGCGUAGAAAUUCUCUGAAUGAAUGUCACACAUUGACACACAGAAAUUCUCUGAAUGAAUGUCACACAUUGAUGCCAUCUUAUCCACUUAAGAAAUUCCCAGUAAGACAGUGACAUAGCUUUUACUGUUACUUUAAAAAUGUUUUUUUUUUUUUUUAAUUUACUGUGAGCUGUGUACAUAUGUGUGUCAGUCAAGUUUAACCAAAUGACUAAAUGUAGCAGCGACAAAGAGUGGAUGAAAAGAGAGAAACCCAGACCAACCCAACAUAAUAAUAAAAAAAAAAAAAAACUAAAAAGAGACUGUCUUCCGGAAACAUAACAUUCCAUGUUUCAUUUAUUUGAACAUAUUUUCUAUCAAAGCUUUUGCUAUAUGAUUUUACAUUGUUUUUCCUAUCAGUUCCUUUUUCUUAUGUAUCUGGUAAAAUUACCUGCAUAUGUAUUGAUUGAUUUUUUUUGUUGUUUUUUUUUGUAUGGGAAGUCCACAUUAUUAUAUAAAGUCAGAGAAAAAAAAGCUUUCGUAUUCUAUCACUGUGAAAACAAAUGGAGGCUCCUCUACUUUCCUGAGAAAUGAAAAGCCACGCUCUACCCAUAUGUUUGUAAGCCUAUAAAAAUAUAUUGUACGUGCUGAUUUAUUUGUUUAUUUGUUUGUUUUUAUGAUUUACACAUUUAAGACUGUAUACUCUGAAGCUAUAAAAGUGUACGAGUCUAUGAUUUUCAUACAGACUUCUGUCAUUUUAAUCCACCAAUAAAA